CAGACCGGCUGUCCGGUAACGGGACGGUACGCUCGGCCACAUCCACCACCACACGAUUUACGGGCGUGCAUGUGUGCACGCUGCAAGAUGACGCAGGCGCGGAUCUGCGCAGAAGGAUCACACGCGUAAACGUGCAUCGGAUGUUUUUUUUUUUUUUUUUUUUUCCUUUUGGACAGAAGCUGCUGCACAGCACGAGGGACUCGGACAUGCGGGGAACGCGCACAGAUCUGCGGCUGAAACGAGGAUGCAGAAGACAAACAUUAAUGCCCCCUUGUGGUGUGGAGGAAUGAGGGCCUGUGGAUGAAGGCCAUGGAGCUGAAAGUGUGGGUGGAUGGAGUGCAGCGAAUUGUGUGCGGGGUCACUGAGUUCACCACGUGUCAAGAAGUGGUGAUCGCAUUGGCACAAGCCAUCGGACGUACUGGCAGAUACACUUUAAUUGAGAAAUGGCGGGACACAGAACGCCACCUGGCCCCGCAAGAGAAUCCUGUGGUGUCGCUCAACAAGUGGGGUCAAUAUGCCACCGAUGUUCAACUCAUUCUCCAACGAACCGGCCCUUCAAUUACUGAGCGGCCUACUUCCGACAGGCAGGGUCGUGUCCCAGAGCGUGGCUUCUAUCGGCAGAGCCUGCCGCCGCUGGCCAAGCUCCGCCCCUUCUUGGCGGAACGUUCGCUCAAAUACAAGGAAUCCAAGUGGAAGUCUCUGACAUUCACUGGCGGGGCCAAGAGCCUACGGGAUAUAUUUGGGAGAAGCCGCAAUGCAGAAGUUAAGCAGACCCAGCAGCGUGGUGUGAAUCUGAACCUGAGCCGGGUUGGAGGUGGAACAGCAUCUGUACCUGGGAGUCCGGCCAAACAGCUGAGUCGGCUUGUACAGUUGCAGAGCAACAAACUCCUGGUGCUGGAGAAUCGUCUGCUUGGCUGCGAGGUUGAGUUGCAAGACUUGGAGGAUACCGCCAGCGAUGUCAACGAUGGAGGAAACGUGGAGGAGACGCUGCUACUGUUGGAACAGCAGGUGAGGAGAAAUGACACAGAGAUGGAGGAGGAAGAAUUCUGGCAGAACGAGCUACAGAUCGAGCAGGAGAGCGAGAGGCAACUGCGGCGGCAGCUAGCUGAGCUGCAUGGCCACGUACGCGACUGUGAAGCUAAGCUAUCCGAAUAUUUAACCUGCUUAAAGAGUAUGGAGGUGUGUCUGGAGAAGGAGCGACAGCAGAAGGAGGCCGAGCUAAACGAGGAGGAGACACAAGCUCAGCUGGAGAAAGUGAAAGCCGAGCUGGAAAUGCAGAGUCGACACACAGCGCGGCUGGAGAGCAGCUGCAGGGCGUUGGAGCGUUCAGUUGGACAGUCCGGCAGGAGAUUACAGGAGAAGGAGGAGGAGCUCGAGCAGCUGACGAAAGAGCUCCGACAGGUCAACCUGCAGCAGUUCAUCCAGCAGACGGGCACCAAGGUCACCGUGCUGCCCGCUCAGCCUGGAGGAGAGAACGUCAACGAAGUGGAGUGUUAUUCUCUGAAAAGACUCGGCUCUGCACGCCUCUUACCCAGCAAUCUACGCAUCCUGCAAAGCGCCGUGUCCUCCAGCUUUAACCCUGAAGGCAUCUAUGUUUGAGCAGAAGGGCCGAGAGGCUUUUACAGGAGCUGGGAUUUCUGCAGCGGCGCCGGCCGAUGAUAGUGAGACGGUCUCCUUGCAAACUGUCAACAUGCUCUCGUGCAAGGCAGCAAAACAACGGACACCAGACGAUUCCAAUGUUGCUUGAUCACAAACAUACGAUGAAGAAAAACUUGCACGUGUAUUCUGCAUUUUUCCUGCACUAUUCCUCGUGUUCCAGCCUAAAAGUCAAAUUGAUGUCAACAUACGCGUGCAAAUCCUGACAGCAAGUCUUGCUAUCUGUACGAAUGACGAUUCCUUCGUCAAAGCGACUAAUCGGAGGACGUGUAUCUCGAAGCUGAGGAUGUUUAGGGCAAAAGGUUCAGAUAUACCUUAUCUGGAAGCCCUAAAACACCAAGAGCAAGGAUUUAAUCAGGAUUCAGACUCACACGAACAUUCGUACGCAGAAACUGUAACAUUAGCGAGCAUGCACAAACGCAACACCACACCACAGCCAUAUCUGAUUGCCUUAUUCUGGGAUUUAAAGAACCAGUUUGUAGAUGUUUAUUGCAACAGAACUCAAGAUAGCUACUGUAAACUAUGCGUCAUAUAAAUAUGUAGCCACAGUUCAGGUGAUUCUAAGUCUGAUGUCAGUGUAACUCAAUAAUCAGUCCUUUUUUCCCUCCCCUACAUGAAUUUUUGUAUUCAUGUUCAAACUGAAAAUAAUAUUAAAUCACGUGUCACUAUGUUUAGACAGAAAUGGAAAAUUCUACCUUGGAUAUAAAAGAAAAAAACACUUAGAAAACAGACAGGAGGCCAUAUGAGUAUUUGGUAAAUAUAGAUUUGGACAAUUUUAAUUUGCAUCGUACGGAGGCCCUGACGUGCAAGAAAUUGUAGGGUUUUUUGUUUGUUUGUUUGUUUUAUCUUCAACACACAAGUUGUAUCAUGCACACAGGAAAAUGAUCUUGGGGGACAUGUUACAAUUGUGGGUGCAAAAUAAGUAUCUUGUUUUGGACAGACAAGAUUUCUGUACAUUGUGAGAACAAUUUAUUAUCUUGCUGGAACAAGAUCAUUACAUUCUGGA